AACUGUUAUAGAGCGAGGGUUCCAAACUCGAACACUGUCGCCUCUUUUUGUCUCUCAUCUGCCAAUUGCCACAGAAAAACCACAAAAAGUAAAAGCUUAAACCCUCCUCCAAACUCGGCAAUGGCGAUGAGAGCAGCUGUAAUGGCGGCGGUGGCUCCUCGAGGGCUAAAUCGUCUUUUCGCAACCUCCGCAUUCAACUUCACACCUCCGCCUUCCCCUCAGAAAGAGCCUGAGGCUGAUCCCUCUCCCAACCUCUUCGUCUCCGGUCUUAGCAAACGUACUACUACAGACGGAUUACGAGAAGCCUUUUCAAAGUUUGGCGAAGUGGUUCAUGCCAAAGUGGUGACUGAUCGCGUCUCAGGAUAUUCUAAAGGGUUUGGUUUUGUGAGAUAUGCUACUACAGAAGAGGCUAGCGCAGGAAAGGCAGGCAUGGAUGGCAACUUCUUAGACGGAUGGGUGAUUUUUGCUGAGUAUGCAAAACCACGACCUCCCCCAACACAACAGCAAUUUGGAAACCCUCCAUUCGGUUCAAAUUUUCAACGAUAAAAAUACUUGCUCUUUUUUAUCAUUUUGAUGUGGAAGUGUGGUUCAUUCUUAUCAGUUAUCAUGGUCAUAGUAUAUUCUUGAUCUAUUUUUGUACUCAUUAUGAGAACUUUAGUUAAUGAACUUUAGUAUUAAAUCCAAAUCCGGCUUUCUGUGUUGGAUCACUGAUAUUGAACCAAGUAUAGACUUCUUGAACUGAAAUGUAAUCAAGGAGUGAAUGUAAAAUAGCUGAAACUUGCCUUUUGAGAAUUGAAGUAUACAAACUGAGGUUAGAGUUUUCGUUUGUCGAUUCA